AUGGACGAUAAGUCGCACCACUUUCCUCGAUUCUCUAGGCACGGACCACCGCUCAUCCAGCAAAAUGACAGCACUGAGCAGCGUUCCAGUGACACAGCAGAAGAGCGCCCUAAAAAGCGUAAGCGCGCAUCUGUAGGCUCGGGCAUCACGUGCGCCCCCGAGCAGUUGACCUGCCGCUAUGCCAACAAAAAAUGUCUUAAUCCGCGUGCUGUCAAACGCACAGGCGGCCUGCACACUUUUUGCUCCAUGCACCGUGCCAAUGCCAACCGGAACCAGCGUCGUUUGGAUAUGCGCAAGCGAAUGGCUCGACAAGCUUUGAAAGUGCAGCAAACCAAUGAAGCUCAAGCGCCUUUGAGCCUCGAUGCAAACAGCCUUCACCCACAAGCACCUUUAACACCAGAAGUCAUAGUGUCCAUCUCGUCUCCUUCAGGUCAAGACAUUGACCCACGUUUUGAGCCGCUGCGUUCGCCCACGCCACUAGAGGAAGAAGAUAUUACGACUUUGAUCUCUCUUUUCCUACCUCGCUCCUGA